CUCUCCACCGGGGAGCUGGUGGUGCUGAAGAGUGUGCAGUUGAGCUCCUCUGGUAAUUACAAGUGUGAAGUUAUCACCGAGGGACCAAAUUUUCAUACGGCCGACAAGAUGGCUCCCAUGACCGUCAUCCACAUCCCAGAGGAGAAGCCGCGUAUCUACGGGACGAAGCAUGACUACCAUAUAGGCGACACUGCUUAUGUGACCUGCGUCUCUGCUGAGUCCCGCCCUCCUGCUCAGCUCACCUGGUUCAUCAACGAUAAGGAGGCUCCUCGUGAAUACAUCGUUAAUCUGAACAGCAGCCUCACAGAGCAUGGACUGACACGGACUCGACUGGGCCUGCAGUUCAUGGUAUCCCGCGAACACUUUCGCAACGGGGAGAUGAAGCUGCGGUGUUCUGCCAAGAUUUCCAGUCUGUACUAUAAGACGCAGCAGCACAGCGUGGACGGGCAGCUCACCUACAGUGUUCCCGUUAUGGAGUCUCGUGAUAUCUCAGCUUUCUCAGGUGGGCGGAGCUACAGCAGUGGAGAGCAGGUGCAGCAGGUGGUUUUAGCGACGGUGACGCUGUUGUUGCAGCUGCUGUGCACGUCGGCGCUGGUCAUCACUACUAGUUGACUCCUCACCGCAUCCUUCAUUCUCUUGCAUUCAGUAGUGCCCUCACUAGUGUGAAUUGUUCCCAUUUAAAUUUUUAGUACGAAGUAAAUAUAUUGUUAAUGGAUAUAGAGACUGUAGCUGUGUGUUUGUGCGGGAAGAAUGGAGCUACAAGAUACAGCAGCGUACAGACAACAGUAUAUUGAAAAAAACACAGGUACACAGCAAGAUUUUAUUGUAACAGUUCGCUGUGUACUCUUUUCAGCUACACAGAAGUACACAUCAACAAUACAAGACUGCUAGCUUGCUAUGUUCCUGUCUUUUCUUCAUUACUGAUGAUGCAGUUUCGUGCCAGCUUCCAUAGCAUCAUUCUAUUGUUUGUAUAUUUUUGGGGAUAGAUUAAUGGUACACAAAAAAAAUGGCUUUGUGCGCCUAGUUAGUACUGUGUUGGUUGAGUGCAAGUAAACUCUUGCAUAUUACCGAGACAUAAAGGGCGCUGCUGUACCUGGCCCUUUUGGGACUCUGGCAGAUGAGGUAGUCAUGUGACCACUUUGUAAAUAUUAAAUCUCUCUUUCACUUACUCUGUAGUAGAAUAUAUUAUAUUAUAAUAAUGGGGGAAGCGCUAAAUUCAUAGUACUUAUAUAGCGCCUGUGAAUAGGACGUAAUCAGGUUUGAUCAAAGGAAAGGGAGGGUAACCCCAAAUCCUUGUAUCAAGAGUCCUUCAACAUCAAGACGCUCCUAUGAUUGGGUAGAAGGUUUUAUUCCUAACAUUCCGAGUUUUAUUAAAAAUCACGUAACUGUUUAGGCUUCAACUUUGCUGCCUUGACGAAGUGUUCUUGAAUUGCAGCAACGAUAUACAUAAACCAGUUUGGUAUGUAUUUUUAAAUCAUCCUUUUGUAACACAGAUUUUUCAGCGAUUAAAUCUCCUGCACUCAAAGUCUUUACUUACGCUUAUAGUCAUUUUCGUAAGAGAUAAGAGUCCGUAUAUGAUCUGAUAGAGUAGCUAUAUUUAUAUAUGUAUUAUUAAGUUAUGUUCCUGUAUUUCGUAACUACGUUUUUCUUCAUCACCUCUGUAAAUGUCUGACGAAAACGAAUCAGAGACCCGUUCAAGGGAUAUUAACUACACAAGUUGCAGCCAACCCCAGUAGUUCACAGCAACAGAGCGUCCUCUUAUAAGAGUACAGUAAAUACUCACACAGUGAGUGUUUAGUUCUGUUUAUAUGACACACACACACACACACACACACACACACACACACACACACACACACACACACACACACACACACACACCUACACACACAAACACACAUACACACACACACAUACACAUCACAGUCUUCAAUCAUAGAGUUGUCGGGAAGUGGAAUAGUUUGAGUAGUGAUGUAUUGGAAGCAGGAUCCAUACAUAGCUUUAAGAAGAGGUAUGAUAAAGCUCAUGGAGCGGGAGGAGUGACCUAGUAGCGGCCAGCGACAACCACAACUAGGUGAGUGCAACUAGGUGAGUAUACACACACACACAUACACACACACAAACACACACACACACACACACACACACACACACACACACACACACACACACACACACACACACACACACACACACACACACACACACACACACACACACACACACACACGUGUAUAGUAUGCAAAGUCAUGGAGAAGAUCAUCAGGAGGAGAGUGGUGGAGCACCUGUAAUGAAACAAGUGUAUAAUCGACAAUCAGCAUGGUUUCAAGGAAGGAAAAUCCUGUGUUACAAACCUACUGGAGUUUUAUGACAGGGUGACAAAAGUAAGACAAGAGAGAGAGGAGUGGAUAGACUGCAUUUUCUUGGACUGCAAGAAGGCCUUCGAUACAGUUCCUCACAAGAGGUUCCUGCAAAAGCUAGAGGAUCAGGCACACAUAACAGGAAAGGCACUGCAAUGGAUCAGAGAAUACCUGACAGGGAGGCAACAACGAGUAAUGGUGCGUGACGAAGUGUCAGAGUGGGCGCCUGUGACAAGCGGGGUUCCGCAGGGGUCAGUCCUAGGACCUGUGCUGUUUUUGGUAUAUGUGAAUGCCAUAGCGGACUCAGAAGUAUCCUUGUUUGCAGAUGAUGUGAAAUUAAUGAGGAGAAUCAAAUCGGUCGAGGAUCAGGCAGGAUUACAAAGAGACCUGGACAGGCUACAAGCCUGGUCCAGAAACUGACUCCUUGAGUUUAAAUCUGCCAAAUGCAAAUUCAUGAAGAUCGGGGAAGGGCAAAGAAGACCACAGACACAGUAUAGUCUAGAUGGCCAAAGACUGCAAAACUCACUCAAGGAAAAAGAUCUGGGGGUGAGUAUAACACCGAGCAUAUCUCCUGAGGCGCACAUCAAUCAGAUAACUGCUGCAGCGUACGGGCGUCUGGCAAACCUAAGGAUAGCUUUCAGAUAUCUAAGUAAGGAAUCGCUCAAGACUAUGUACACCAUUUACGUCAGUCCCAUACUGGAGUAUGCAGCACCAGUUUGGAAUCCACACCUGGUCAAGCACGUCAAGAAAAUAGAGAAAGUGCAAAGGUUUGCAACAAGACUAGUCCCAGAGCUGAGGGGAAUGUCCUACGAAGAAAGGUUGAGGGAAAUCGGCCUGACGACACUGGAGGAAAGGAGGGUCAGAGGAGAUAUGAUAACGGCCUACAAGAUACUGCGCGGAAUAGACAAGGUGGACAAAGACGAGAUGUUCCAGAGAUGGGACACAGAAACAAGGGGCCACAAUUGGAAGUUGAAGACUCAGAUAAAUCAAAGGGAUGUUAGGAAGUAUUUCUUCAGUCAUAGAGUAGUUAGGCAGUGGAAUAGCCUGGAAAGUGACGUAGUGGAGGCGGGAACCAUACAUAGUUUUAAGACGAGGUUUGACAAAGCUUAUGGAGCAGGGAGAGAGAGGACCUAGUAGCAAUCAGUGAAGAGGCGGGGCCAGGAGCUAUGAAUCGACCCCUGCAACCACAAAUAGGUGAGUAUAUACACACACACACACCGAUUUGAAGAGGAUCACACAGUGAAAACAGGGACAUUGUCAGAAAGCCAUGGAAAAAAAGAGUGCACUGAGGGAACGCAAUGUACCGCGUGUUUGGUGAUGCACAACAGGGUGACAGGUAUAGAAACGUUUGAUGGAGCUGGAUAUAUGAAAAGGAAUGGGCUCUGACACGUUGUUACCAUGGAAUCUGCGAGAGGAAGCAGUAGCUGUGUCAGAAUCACUUUGUCUAAAACCUACAGCAAGUCAAUGAACACUGACCAGAUGCCUAAGGUUUGAAAAAUACCGAAUGCAGUCCCUAUAUUUAAGAAAGGAUAGAGACAAGCAUUAAUAAGCUACAGACUGCUUUCACUGACAAGCAUAUCAUGCAAGGUAACAGCAAAGAUUAUUGGAGGGAAGUGGAAGAGUACUUGGAUAUAAGUAGCUCAUAAAAAUAACUUGAACGGGCUUGGAGUUCUAUGACAAACAGACGUGGAGCAGGACAGAGGGGGAUGAAUGGACUGCAUUUUCUGAGAACGCAAGAAAAUAUUUGAGACUGCAUACCUCAAGAAAUUGUGGCAAGAACUUGAUCUGCAGCUAAAAGUAACAUGGAACGUACUCCAGUUGGACAUAAAGUAUCUUAGGAAAAAGAAAAGUAGAGUGAUUGUCAGGGAAGAUUUUGUCAGACUGGAGAAGAGCAACGAUCCGCUACGAUCAGGAAUAAAACCAGUAUCGUGUCUUGUUUAAGUGAAUGAUGAUCCAAAUGAGAUUAGAUGAAUUAGAUGAGCCCCUGUUUACUGAUAAUUUAAAACCAAUGAGGACAAUGAAAACAGUGAAAGACAAAGAAAACCUACAAAUGGAUCAGGAUAAACUGCAAGAGUGAUAUCAGAUAAAUAGUUGCUUGAAUUCUACCUCAGCAAAUGACAGGUUUUAAAUAAUAGGGAAGGGGCAAAAAAAUGUACGGUGCAUAUACUCAAGGAGCAUUGUCUGCUAGCUUCACUCGAAAAGACCUAGUGCUGACCAUAGUGCCGAGCAUGUCGCCAGAGCUUCACAUAAGCCGAAUAAACUCAGCAGCUAAUGCUCGUCUUGCAAAUCUAGGAGAUGCCUUCAUGAAUCUCAGCAAAGAAUCAUUAAGAACCUUUUAUACAACAAAUUUGUGGCCAUUUUGGAUGUAGCAGCAUCAGCAUAAAAUCCAGUUCUAAAAAAGCAUGUUAAGAAACGAAAGAUGUGCAUAGGUAUACAACGAAUCUCAUUCCAGAUCAUAGGGAUGUGAUCCACAAGAGGAUAAAGGAAAUUAGUCUGACAACACUGGAGGACAAAAAAGCCAGAAGAGACGUGAUAAUAACAUGCAAAUACACUCAAAAUAAAUAUUAGAAUAGAAAGGGACACGCUGUCUGACAAGCAGGGGAACAGAAAUUCGGGGCACACAAAUGCAUGUUAAGGCACAGAUGAGCCACAACGAUGUCUGGAAGUAUUUCUUAAGUCUCAGAGUGGUUUGAAAGAUGGGUAACCUCAACGAAGAAGUGACUUAUGCAGUUUCAUACAUACAGUGGUUGUCAGUGUAGAUACCCUAUGGCAAGUGAACAGACAAGCGGUAAGUUUGAGAAGCGGGGCCAGGAGCUAAAUUUAGACCCCUGUAUCCCCAUACAGGUAAGUAUUCACAAACACACACACACACUCCCACACACCCACACACCCACACAAACAAACCUUGUAGUGACCAGCGAAGAAUCAGGCACAGUAGUUAUGACUUGUCCCCAGCAACCAAAACUAGGUGAGUACAACAUGGUGAGUACACACACACACACACCCACACACACACAUACACACACACACACGCACACACACACACACA